AUGAUCAAUUAUAUGUGCAUUACAGCCCAUUUCAUAGAUGAUCAGUGGAAGCUGAAUAAGAAAAUCAUAUCCUUUGUCCCUAUUUCUUCUCACAAGGGUGAGCAUAUAGCCAAGGCAUUAGAGAGUUGUUUGAUUGACUGGGGGAUUAGGGAUGUUUUUUCUGUCACUGUUGAUAAUGCUUCUUCCAAUGAUACUGCUAUUAGUUUUUUUAAGUCCAAAUUGUUGUCAUGGGGUGCAACCACUGUUAGGAGUAAGUACAUUCACAUGAGGUGCAUAGCCCACAUUUUAAACUUGGUGGUCCAGGAUGGGUUAAGGUUUGCAGAUAGUUCUGUUAAGAAGGUGAGGGAUUCUGUUAAAUGGAUGAGGAACUCACCUGCAAGACUCAAAAAAAUCAGAGAUCUUGCAGAACUGCUUGGGGUGGAAGCCAAAAGUUCUUUACAACUAGAUGUUCCAACAAGAUGGAACAGCACCUACAUGAUGCUUAGCACUGCCAUACAAUACAAGGCUGUGUUUGAUGCAUAUUCAUUGAAUGAGCCCUCAUUUGUUGCUGAUCUGGGUGAUUCUGUCCUUUCUUUUCUUGACUGGACUUCUGUUGAAUGCUUGGUAGUUCUGUUGAAAGGGUUUUAUGAGAUGACAAUUAGAAUCUCUGGUUCUCUAUAUGUCACCUCUAACAGUUUCUUCAGUGAGAUAUCUGAUUUGAGUUGCAUGUUGAGUAGCAUGAUUGUUGCUGGUAGUGCUACAGAGGUUAUGGGAUCCCAAAUGAAAAGUAAAUUUGAAAAGUAUUGGGGAGAUCCUGAAAAAAUGAAUUCCUUGAUCUUCUUUGCAAAUAUCUUGGACCCAAGAGAUAAGUUGGAAUAUAUGACAUACCAGUUUGAUGAACUGUAUGGUAAAGAGAAUGGGAAGAAGUGUUUAGAGAAUGUCCAAGCUGCCAUGGUAGAAUUGUUUGGUGACUAUGCAGCAACCUACUCUGUCAAUGUGCAACAAUCAUCUUCUGAUUCAUCUUCUGGUAGCCAACCAGAUGUGCUUCCUAUCCAGUCUCAUGCCACAAUUGGUAGACCUCAAAAUAUGUUAAAGAACAAACUAAAAAGGCAAAAAUUGGAGGCUAGUGGAAGCUAUAAAGAAACAGAACUUCAGGUUUAUUUAAGUGAAAAAAAUUGUGGAGGACACUCCUGA